AUGAUCUCCUCUCUUAAGCAGUCUACUUUAGCAUUCAACGGCCAUAAUAUUCUCCGGUCAAGAUCUCUGGUGCCGGUGCCUACUCGGCACCUGCAGUUCCUCCCAUCAGCCAAUACUGGCCGGAACUCCAUCGUUUCUCUCUCUAAACCUCUCCACGUCGUUUCACCUGAAGCUUUCUCGAAUUCUUUAAAGAAAUCUUUAAAACAUGAAAAGGAGCAGUCUUUGAUCAAGUGUAAAGCGUAUGAAGCCGAAAAAUCGGAGCCGAUCAGCGAGUCGCCAGUGACGAAAUCCGAAGCGGCGAGGAGAGUUAAGAUCGGGAUUUAUUUUGCCACGUGGUGGGCUUUGAAUGUGAUCUUUAAUAUAUAUAACAAAAAAGUGUUGAAUGCUUUUCCAUUUCCAUGGUUAACUUCAACGCUUUCACUGGCUGCUGGAUCAUUGAUAAUGCUCAUUUCUUGGGCUCUGAGGAUUGCUGAAACCCCAAAAACUGAUCUUGAUUUUUGGAAGACCCUUUUUCCUGUUGCUGUUGCACAUACAAUUGGGCAUGUUGCAGCUACUGUGAGUAUGUCAAAGGUGGCUGUAUCAUUUACUCACAUAAUCAAGAGCGGUGAACCUGCUUUCAGUGUUUUGGUGUCGAGAUUUAUCUUGGGGGAGACAUUUCCACCAUCCGUUUACUUGUCCCUCGUUCCAAUCAUCGGUGGUUGUGGUCUCGCGGCUCUCACCGAGCUCAACUUCAACAUGACUGGUUUUAUUGGGGCUAUGAUAUCGAACUUGGCAUUUGUUUUCCGGAACAUAUUUUCCAAGAGGGGCAUGAAGGGCAAGUCUGUCAGUGGAAUGAACUACUAUGCUUGCUUGUCUAUGCUCUCGCUCUUGAUUCUCACUCCAUUUGCAAUUGCUGUCGAGGGACCACUUAUUUGGGCUCUCGGAUUUAAAGAAGCACGAUCUCAAAUCGGACCCCAGAUCAUUUGGUGGAUGGCAGCCCAGAGUGUUUUCUACCACCUAUACAAUCAGGUGUCGUACAUGUCACUCGAUGAGAUUUCUCCAUUGACAUUUAGCAUUGGAAACACGAUGAAACGUAUUUCUGUCAUUGUCUCAUCUAUCAUCAUUUUCCAUACACCAGUACAACCCAUCAAUGCUCUUGGAGCUGCCAUUGCCAUUCUUGGAACUUUCUUGUAUUCACAGGCGAAGCAGUAA